UUGCCAGUCCACACUAUCCUGGCGAUCAGACCGCUCGCCAAAAACCGGUACGAUGGUGCACGGUGCAGCCCUAGUGUAGAGGCCCGCGCAGAUAAAUUAAAAACAAACUGUCUCUUUUUCAAACCAGAAUGGCGAGGAUAGUUUGAUAAGUUUUUGCAGUUGCGUGAUUCUUGAAGAGAAUUUGUGUUUUUUGUGCUGAUGACGUUGGAUCAGCUGUCCCCAAAAUGAAACCCCGCAACAUGAAAAAACACAGUGCGAGUGCAAGGACGAUAAUAAUAUUGUGACAGUUCAAUUCGUACAUUGAAUCAUGACAGCCGAGCCCAGUUCCUACGAAAUGGAGAUCAGAACUGAGGAUAAAGAAAAGCCCAAACCGGCCUCGGGAAAGAUCUUUUAUAACCCGGAGGAGACGGAUGAAACCAGCGUGUUUGAUAGUUCGAUGGUGGAGUCACCGAUGCUUGGGGCUGGAUUUAGAGGCAGCGGGUUCCUCAGGCCGCCGUUGACGUUGCAUGUUUCGAACAGUCUACAUAGGAUCCCGACGUACAGCAGCUCUAUUGGACAGAGUACUAUUUAUCGACAGGAUACGUGCAGGAGCCGGUCACACAGGCACGGAGCCACGCGGAGGACGAGGCGGCGAGCCAUUCUCAAAAAUGGAGAGUGUAAUAUCCUCAAGUCAAAGAUCUCGCAACGGCGGCUGCGAUUCCUACAAGAUAUGUUCACCACCUUAGUGGACGCACAAUGGCGAUGGACUCUGCUCGUUUUCACACUAUCCUUCAUCCUCUCCUGGCUUGGAUUCGCAUUGAUCUGGUGGCUAAUUGCAUUCACACACGGAGACUUAGAAGAAAACCACCUCCCAACCAACCAAGAAAGCUCAGACUGGAAACCGUGUGUGUUCAACAUUUAUGAUUUUACAUCGUGCUUCCUAUUCAGUAUUGAAACCCAACAUACUAUUGGCUACGGAUCUCGUACGACCACCGAAGAGUGUCCGGAAGCGAUAUUUAUUAUGUGCCUUCAAAGUAUUGUGGGUGUUAUGAUCCAAGCUUUCAUGGUCGGUAUUGUGUUUGCUAAAAUGACGCGACCGAAGCACAGGACACAGACUCUUCUGUUCUCGAAAUACGCGGUCGUUUGUCAGAGAGAUGGUGAAUUAUGUUUAAUGUUCAGAGUGGGUGAUCUCAGGAAGUCGCACAUUAUUGGUGCGAGUGUGAGAGCGCAACUUAUUCGCUCAAGAACCACCAAGGAGGGAGAGGUGUUGUCUCAUUAUCAAACAGAAUUAGAAUUGAACGCAGACGGAUGCGACAGUAAUCUGUUCUUCAUCUGGCCGAUCACUAUGGUGCACCGAAUAAAUGCCGAGAGUCCGUUUUACGGUGUGUCUGCAGCGGAUGUGUUACAGGAGAGAUUCGAAAUAGUAGUUAUUUUAGAAGGUACGAUUGAAUCGACAGGGCAGACGACGCAAGCUCGUUCUAGUUACACGACCAGUGAAAUCAUGUGGGGGCACAGGUUUGCGCCGCUAGUGACGUACAACCGCGAGCGCCAGGGCUACGAGGUGGACUACUCGAAGUUCGAGGAGACGAUGCAGGUGGAUACUCCGCUUUGCUCCGCCAAAGAGCUGGACGAGUUCUACGGCAGCCAGACUGAUCGCCGAUCUAUCGGCUAUAGCUCUCCCCUCCCUGAUGAGACAAUAUACCGAACUUCCCUCGAGUCACCUCCCCUCGGCAUCGCCGACCGGCUGGUAGCCGAAGCCAUCAGAAGGUCCAGCCUUACCCACCGGCCCUCGAUCGUUAAGUACCCACCAGACUUCUUCAAUGGAUCCGCUGAACCGUCUUCGUCGUCCAGUGAAGACGAGAAGGACAAGAAGAAACGACAGUCGAAGAGGCCUAGUAAUUCUUGAUCAAGUUGUGGCUAGAUAUUUUGUCAUCAGAUGGCGCUAAUGUUAAAGGAAAAUGUUAGAUGGCUUUUAAAUUGAUAAAAAACAUACGUUAAGGGAAAAUUUAGGAGAUAAAUUGUAUAGCAAUUUUAUAUUUUUUAAGUGGCGCCACCUGUUGUUGAGUAGCAAAAGUACGUAAUAUAUGCUUCGCUAUUGUUUGUGACUCAGCGCCAUCUGUUGUCGACUGGCUAAAUAAUCUAAACUUAAGAUUGUUACAUACAGAUGUAGUGCAUAUAAUUAUUUUCCAUCGUAUUUUCACGGAAACGUGCAAACGUGUCUUGCUAUUUCAGUCAGUCUCGGUACAAACAGUACAGAGAUUGACUGGCAUAACAUGACAAAUAGGUACGAACGUUUCCGAGGAAAUACGAUGGAAAACUAUUAAUUUACACUACAUCUCUACUACCGUGAAGCCGUGAACCGUCCCCGGGGUAAAAUUAAAUGAGUACUUUUAUUCCUAAAAAAAUUAUCUUAGAAAAAAUAGACAUACAUAACGGACAAUUCGAAGAUUAAUUCUUGGCUUGAUGAUUUACUAUUAUUUAAUUAUUACCUACUUCAUUCAUUGUUUUUCUUAUUGAAUGAAGAAAAGUCAUAGUUUUACUAUUAGAGCCAAGUAUUACUCGAGAAAGUGCACCAAAAGGUGCAAGUAAUAUUUAUUUAAGCACAAAUUCUAAGCUUUAAAAAAGUACCCCAUGCCAAAUACUAUUUGUGGGUUAGGAAAUAGUCCGUCCAUGCUAACUCUGCACCGACAACGACUGAGUGUGAAAGUACCACUGUAAACGUUCUACUUUUAUAGGAAUUUGACGUUUAUGGUGGCAUUUCUUCAUUUUGUCGCUUGCCAAAUCAGUGCAGAGUUAGCUUAAUCCGACUAUUAAGAGUCACGCGUAGUCUCCGCCGCCAAAUAUCCACUCACAUAAAAUGGAAGUUACGCUCUCAUUUACAAAAUAAGAAUAAGAAUUCGUUUAUUGUUUACCGUGUCAAACAAGAUGUUAAAAUAAUACAUAGUCACAACGGCUACCCUCACAAUAUAUCGUAAUUCGAUUGUAUGGCGGCGGCUGGAUUCGUCUGAUCUAAUCUUAGAGCAUUUAGUUACUGGAGACGCCUUGGCUGUCAUUUUCUGUACAAAACAGUCUGCCGAUUUUUGCGGGGGAGGGGCACGUCAAAUGUACGCGAGUAUGGCUAUUUGUACAUGAUUUGUACGUAAUGUACAAAUAGCCAUGUCAGAUAAACGUCAGUCCAUACAAAAGUUUGCACAAUUGUGCAAGGUUUUCGGCAGAGGGGUAAGCUCUUAAAGGCGUCUCUGUUUAUUAAAUGAUCUAAGGAUCUAAUCUAAUCUCGUGGCGCCUAAGGUACGACUUUCCGUACGUUUCUUGACUCGGUGGUGAAAGGGACAAAUACUUGGCAAAUAUUGAGGAUGUAAAUAAAAGACGAGUGUAUUUCAUUAUUGUAUAUAAUACCUUUCUAUUCUGAUAAACACUAGGUAUCAGGUUAGGUAAGGCAAUACAAAUUCAAGCGUAUAGAUACAGCGCCCGCGCUGUGGAGGCCCCUGUGUCUCAUAGACAAUAGAAUAAUACUUUUUAAACUAACCUAACCUUCCAAUUGUGACUACAAUUUAGGCAACAUUAUAUGUAUGCGCUUUAUAUUAAAUUUAUAGAUAUUUUUGGUAUCGUAGAUACGAUUAUUAUUAAGCAGUAUUAUUAUUCUAUCGCCUUAACAACAGUCCAUAUAAAAAUAUAAUAGUGAUAUAUUAUUGAUAAAUAGAUAUAUUUAUAACUAGGUACAAAGGCUAUAAUCAGGUUGGGCAACGGUUCUAUAAGUAGCCCCUACUUUCUACCUGUAAUUUUAGGGCUGAUCCACUUGUCCCAUGCAGGGCACUUGCUCCACCUAAUCAUAGCAUUUCUAACACUUAUGUUGUAUAAAUAUUAUAAAAAAUUGUCCCAAUGGCAAUACAAAAGCUGUAUAUUUCACUAGCAAAUAUAUAACAGACGCGUACUUUGUACGAAAAUACCGAUUAAUGAUUAGUUUUUAUCACACUUCAUGUGGAAUACCAAUCUUAGUUACGUAAAACCACACAGUAGUAAUAAAUUAAUAAAGAGUGUCACCUUCUCGAAAUAUAAAACUAGGUAUUUUUUAAAUCCUUAGAUGGCGCUGUCACUCAUGACUUAUAAUCGGCGAAUCAAGUAUAGUUCAUUAAAUUUUUACACGAAAAAUAACUCCUCGUCUCGUCGUAUCAUCGUUAUUAAUCAUAUGUGAACGUGCCAUAAUAAAGUUUAACUACGAAAAUUGGCGAUUAACACUGUUUAUUAAUUUACCAUUCCCAGGUAAACAUUACAACGUAAAAUGUCUCAUAUCUACAUAAUGCUAAUACACUGAAUAAUCCAUUAUUUUCUCACAAAUGUUUACUUAAUUUACAUUUAAGAUACAUCUAGUGAAUACGACUGCUUGUAUCUAUCUAUGAAUUUUAUUCAAUCUUAAAAUUGCCAAUAAAUAACUGUACUGAAUUUGACUUUAAAAAGAUAAUUAAUACAUAAAGGAAAAUAAUAAAAGUAAGUAAACUUAUAUAUCUAACAUUAAAUACGAUGUUUUAUUUCACUGUGUUAUGAAUAAACAGGGGCCAUUGAUUUGUGCUAA